CUCGACAACAAAAAAGGAUAAAAGACGACAUCGAAAUGCAUAAACAAUAUCGUAGACGUAUCAAUGCGGAAAGGGAACAAGCGUCUAAAUUGGACAAUAUUACGGAAAAGAAACAAGCAUCUAAAUUGGACAAUAUUACGGAAAAGGAACAAGCAUCUAAAUUGGACAAUAUUAAAAGGGUUGAAUUGGACGAUAUUAAAAGGGAUCAAGAACCCGAAAAAGCAGAUAACAAGCACUUGGAUAG